AUGAGGCUGAGACAGCCCAGAACGAAAGAGGAGAGCUCAAUUGGGGAUGAGGAGGCGUCUUUUCAUGCUUUCAAUAGCCCGAAGCGACUGCCGGCUUGGCUGGAUCACUUUAAUGCCAAGGACCUCAAGAUUUUGUUCAAGUGCUCUUUGGCUGUUUGGAUUCUCACCUUGUUUAUCUACAUCAGUGAUACACUGAGAGUGCUCGGCCAGUCGGCAUUCUUCGGAUGUGUUGUCCUAUUCAUCAUGCCGCCAUCCGGCGUCGUAUUCAUCCACUUCGCAGCCGGGGUUAUGAUCUGUGUUGGUCUUGCGCUCGGUUGGGCCUGGGGAGUCAUCACGAUGAAAGCUGCUUUGGCGACAAGACCUCUGGCUGACUUACAACAACGCUACGCGGAAUUGCAACAAUCAAUGCCGCAAAACACGACCAAUGUUGAUCAAGCUUCUGGCCAGGCAACCUACCAACAAGUGGCCAUCUAUCAAGGCUUCAUGCUGGAUACUCGUGUAUCGGUCACGUAUUUCUGCAUGAUGGGUUUGUUUGUGUAUCUGAUGGCGCGUCUACGAGUUUCUGCACCCAACUUGAUGCUCGUAUCAAUGUUUUCCAUGAUUGUUGCCGACAUCUAUUUCACGACAGCGCCGCUGAUUCCCACUUUUAACGGCACUAUACCGAAAGUCUUGAUUCUGCCAAGUGCCAUUGCAGUCGGCGUUGGAGUUGUUUGCAAUUUGUUGUUUUUCCCGCAAUCAACCUCACAAAUCACCCUGGGAAGCAUGGCAGACCUUCUCCGCCCGAUGAAUGGCUACGUCAAGGCUUUGACCUGGCACUUCAAGACGAGAACUAGAUUUGAGCCUGAUCAGUUACAAGCAUUGAAGGGUGCCUUGACCUUGUCUUUCAAGAGCGUCGAGAGUGCCAUCAAGUUUCUGCCGUUGGACUUUUCUUAUCGAAGAUGGAGUCCCGAAGAUAUCAAGUCUUUCCAAGAACCGUUGCGGCAAGUACUGGUGUCUUUCGGAGAGUUACUGCAACUGUCUAUCUCUCGCGAGGACCUCUUUGCGAAAGAUGAAGCCCUAACGAAAGCUGCCGAGGAACUUGAGAAGUCUGACAACGAGAAGCACCCACUGGCUUAUCACAUUGCGAAAGCGGCCGAUCUACGGGAGAUUACAAGACACCCCGAUACUGAAGAUAUGAUUAUCAAGAGCAUUGAUGCACUUUCCUCCUGCGCUACUCCCCUGCUGAAAACUCUGGAGCAAAGCGUCGAUGCCAUUAUCGAAGCAUUCUCAGGUGUUUCUCGAGAUGAUAUAAUCAGCCAACAUGAACAGAUUCUUGCAUCGCUACAAGAAGCGCUUGAAGAUUUCGAAGAUACUGCUGCAGAGCAACUCAUCGCCCCUCAUGCUCAUCUUUUCGACUCUAACGGCAAGGUUAUCUACGAUGAUCGCCGCGCACCUCCUUUGCUUGGCUUGAUGUCUGGUCUUCUAUACCAAGAACGACUCAUCAACCUGACCAAGAACAUUGGAGGAGUUCUCGAAAGAGCUGUCGAGGUUGAAAGGGUUCGAACGUCGAAGCGGGUAUGGCUACCCAAAGGUCUCCAGCACAUUUUCAAGCUUGGUUUGUCCCAAGAUGCACCGCCUUCCACGAUUCCCAACUCUACUGAUCUCACUCGAACGAUGUCAGUCAUUUCCAAGCCCGAAAAGAAGCCAGGUCUCUUCAGCAAGAAGCGAAAAGAAAAGGAGGAUCCUGAAGGGGCAAGAAAAGCAGCCACCAUCUUGGAAAGUAUGCAGCAGCCCACGAGCCGUCGACGAAGCAAGUCGAGUCUCAUCUUCUUGGCGCUUAUCAACUUCUUCACGGGCGUUGAAGGUCUACACGCUCUUCGUGCUCUCGUUCUGACUAUUGCUCUCGCCGUUCCCGCUGUCAUACCGUCAUCGGCUGGCUUCUACUAUCGCGAAAAGGGACUGUGGGCUCUGAUCAUGGCUCAGAUGGCUCUCGAACCUUACAUGUCUGACUUCACAUCUGGAAUUCUCGUUCGUACUCUCGGUACUAUCGCCGGAGGUAUCCUGGGUCUUUUGUGCUGGUACAUCGGAUCCGGCAACGGUCCUGGAAAUCCAUACGGUCUAGCUGCCAUCAUGGCAGUCGCUAUCAUUGGCAUGAUGUGGUGGAGAUUGUUUGCGCCGCCACAGCAUAUGGCUGCAAGUAUCAUGCUUACAUCAACGAUGUACAUGGUUAUGUCGUACAGUUGGGUCGAUACGCAUAUCCCCAGCUAUGGCAAUCCUGGAGUCGGAUACGAGGUCUUUUGGCGGCGAAUCCUUCUUGUCCUCAUUGGUUUUGGUGCAGCCGUUUUUGUUGCGCUUCUUCCGCGACCUCUUUCUGGAAACCGACAUUAUAGACAAAUCUUAUCAAGCCAGUUGUCGAGCAUCAGAGACCGGUAUGCCCUUCUGAUUUCAGUCUGGCGCUCGCCUCCCGACGAUUUCGUCGAGGUCGUCGAGAAGCAAGCUACCACGACCGAAGAGCUGCUUAACUCCAUCGCUCUUCCAAUUCUGAAGACCAAGUUUGAGUUCUCAACCUCAAACAUCGAUACUGAAACGCUCAGCCGCGCCAACCAUCUUUGCAACAACCUCAAUGUCUUCCUAGCGCAGUUCAGCUUGACUGCCACGAAGCUACCAUCGCCAGUGCGCGAGAGAUUCUUCUAUCGCGUGAGUGCAGGUGACGAAAACCUGAUCGCUGACCUGAUGUCAACCAUGACCCUCCUUCAGCAUUCGUUGACAUCCGGAGAGCCGCUUCCGGCCAUCUUGCCAACACCUUUGGUAGGGCGGGCCAUCCAGUUCAGGAGGUUAAGGGGAGACUUUCAGGACGAGGGCAACUCGAAAGAGUACUUGGCUAAUCAAGAGGGAAGACAGUGGUCGGCAGCUGUUUAUGCGUUUGUGCGAUUUCUGGGCACGCUUGAUGAGCUUGUAGUAGUCGUGAAGAAGUCUGUUGGUGAGAGAUCACAUAUUAAUGCGGAAGCUUUAGGAGGGAAUAUGUACUAG